AUGUCUAGAGAAUUAAAGUUCACUUUAAGCCUGGCUAUUUUAAUAGUAGGCUUUGUAUUAACAUCAGCAGACACAAGAAUAUUCAUAUCCGUUGGAAACUCUAAUCGCACUGAGAGUAUAACUUUGGACAAGGAUCAAUAUUUGUCGGUGAAAGGUUCAUUUGAACAAUAUUUUGAUAUACCGAAGGAUAGAUUAAAUAAAUUAUUUCUAACUGUGAUUUAUAUGGCCGAUAAAUAUGGUUAUAAAGCAAAAUAUGUUUUAGUAAAAAAACAAUAUGCGAAAUCGAGAAUUCAUUUAAGUUCUGCGACCUUAAAAUCUACAGCUGGUUAAAAAAAUAAAUAAAUUUUUAAUAUUUUGUGUUAUUUUUUACUACGAACAACUUCAAA